AUGAUCGACCCGUUCAAAGACAAGUUUGCCUAUUUCAAGGAUAAUAUCCAAACGGCGGAGGAUAAAGAAGAGUUUGACGCGAGUCAGUACUAUUACCAUCGGGACGAGCUCUCGAGCGCGAAGGGGUUGGGCCUCAGUGGCUCCAGUACUAACGGCCUCGGCAGCAGUGGAAGUCCACACUUGAGUCUCUCUGCCUUCCACUCGAUGGCCAGCGGUCUCGGUGCAGUCGCUAUGGACUCGGAGGCAGCAGAGUCGCACUUGGCGCCGCUGCAUAGCCCCUACUCGAGCUACAGCAGUGGUCUCAUGCAAGGAGGACCUAGUUCAUUCUUGGGUGGAGCUGGCGUCGGGCAUUUGCAAGUCGGGACAGCGCUGCCUCCAUCGCACGACAUGCAUCGCAUGAACUCAGGACGAAGUUUUCAACUGCCGACGGAAAGUAAUAACAACACGCCCGAUAUGUCCGAGUUCCCUGCGCUGAGCUCCAGAAUGGGCUCGCUAUCUUUGGACUCGAGCUUUGAGGGAACGGCGGCUGACCGGAUGAGGGCCCAACCGUCCGAGUUUGUCAUUCAGAAGGAAGACUUUCCUGCACUCUCAACGUUUGGACCUAGCGCUGGUGAAAAGAGCCCAGUACGAUCGGCGGCAGAACUGAAGAGGCACACGAGCUUUACUUCGUCUGCUGCAGAUGGCAUGCUAUCCUCGCGGCUAGAGCAGCAGAAGGGUGGGACAUCAAUAGGUAGCCGUGCUGGCGGUGUGGUGCUGUCCGAUUUGGGAGCAGGAAGCAGUGGCAGCAUAAAUCUAGGUACUGAAGCCUUCAAUCAUUUCCGUGCAUCGCGGCACGACAAACAGGCUGCUACUGAAGAAGCUAGCAAUGGCAAGCUCGACCCUAGCAAUCAGUAUGGGCUUUUGGGCUUGCUGCACACUAUCAUUCGGCCAGGUGAUGACUCAAGAAAGAAUCUAGCAACGGGUUGCGAUCUGACGUCGCUUGGAUUGAAUCUUAACGCGGCAGAACCACUGCAUCCAACUUUUGCAUCUCCGUGGGCCGAGGAGCAGCUGACAGAGGAACCGCAGUUUUCACUGCCGACGUGUUACUACAAUCAGCCGCCAGUGCUUAAGACAACGCACUUGUCCAAAUUCCAUCUCGAGACGCUAUUCUUCAUAUUCUACUCGAUGCCCAAGGACGUGUUACAAGCCUAUGCUGCGCAAGAGUUGUAUACUCGCGAGUGGCGGUACCACGCCGAAUUGAAGACCUGGCUGAAGCGCGCAUCUCCAGCUGACGCUGCUGUCGUGAACAACCAUUUGAGCUCGUCGGUAGGGGGCACAAGUACUGGAUCGUCAGUGGUCGCAAAUGGCAAUGGCAAUAUCGGAUCCAUUGGUAGUGCAAUGGGAUCAGGUACAGCGCCUUCAUUAGCGACCAGCUCCCUUGGACCGCAGUUUCUGUACUUCAACACUGCCACAUGGGAACGACGUGUCUUCACGGGGAACAUCAACUCGAUUAGUGCUGGUUUGUUGGGUGAAGAGGAAAUUAGGGUGAAGUAUAACGCAUCUUCGUAA